AUGUUCCCUUCGCAGGCAGUCAAUUUCAACGUGGAGGCAUUGAGUGGUAUCUGUGGAUCCAUCUCUAUCGCCUGUUGGGUCGUCGUUUUCUCUCCCCAGAUUAUCGAGAAUUUUCAACGCGGCUCUGCAGAUGGCCUCUCUCUGCUCUUCCUGGUUGUCUGGUUAGCCGGCGAUGUAUUCAACAUCCUAGGUGCCGUCAUGCAAGGCGUGCUGCCUACCAUGAUCAUCCUCGCAGUAUACUAUACCCUGGCAGAUAUUGUUUUACUGGGACAAUGUUUCUACUACCGAGGCUUCAACUUCAAGGAAGAGUUGUCUGCCCCGUCCACACCAGAGCGCGCAAUAGCCAGCAGCGGUACCUCCGAUGCGGAGCAGAAUGACGCCGAAGAUCAAGCAGCAACAGAAAGAUCAUUACUUCUGCCGAAGAAGACCACCGGACAUGUCAAAAUCCCAAACCCAUCGCUCAAUGCAACUGGCCAGCAACCGCAAGACCGCACACGGCCUCUGUCGGCCGGACGCCGACAGUCAACAACCGCCUACCACGACAUCUUCAACUCAUCAGUAGACGUCACGCAUCUCUCACCCGCAACACCCUUCGUGGAACCAACAUCCGAUGCAGCCCGGCGACGCGCCCAACGCGCCCGUCGCCGUCGCAUCUCCGCCCUCCAAUCCGCCCUCUUCAACCUGAGCGCCGUCGCCCUCGUCUGCACCGCAGGCGUCGUAGGCUGGUACGUCAGCCCGGCCUCGAAGUCCUCGUCGCCAAACCCAGAACCUCUAGCCAUGGAUCUGCUGGGUCAGGUAUUCGGGUACUUCUGCGCGGUGCUGUAUUUGGGGUCCCGUCUGCCCCAGCUUCUGCUGAACUACCGCCGCAAGUCGACAGACGGUGUUUCCUUGCUCUUCUUCCUCUUUGCUUGCAUUGGAAAUCUAACAUACGUGCUGUCUAUCCUGGCUUACUCGCCUAUUUGCCGCGGUGGGUCGUCCGAGGAAGUUUUGGGACAUCAUCACCACCGUGCGCAGUGUCGGCCUGGCGAGGCAGCUGCGUUGUAUGGGCGGUAUGUGUUGGUGAAUUUGUCGUGGCUGGUUGGCAGUGCUGGCACGUUAUUGUUGGAUAUGGCGAUUUUCACGCAGUUUUUCCUAUAUCGGGAUGGGAAGGCUGGUGAUGACGAGGAGGAAUAG